UUUUGGAUACAGAAGGACAAGAAGAGUUUGGAGCCAUGAGAGAGCAGUAUAUGAGGACUGGCGAGGGUUUCCUGUUGGUCUUCUCAGUCACAGAUAGAGGCAGUUUUGAAGAAAUCUAUAAGUUUCAAAGACAGAUUCUUAGAGUAAAGGAUCGUGAUGAGUUUCCAAUGAUUUUAAUUGGUAAUAAAGCAGAUCUGGAUCAUCAAAGACAGGUAACGCAGGAAGAAGGACAGCAGUUGGCACGGCAACUUAAGGUAACAUAUAUGGAGGCGUCAGCGAAGAUUAGGAUGAACGUAGAUCAAGCUUUCCAUGAACUUGUCCGGGUUAUAAGGGAAUGUCCUCCUUCACCAGAACCAACUCGGAAAGAGAAAGACAAGAAAGGCUGCCACUGUGUCAUUUUCUAAGAAUCCCUUGAGUUUUAGCUACCAACUGCCAGGAAAAGCCCUCACCUCCCUGUGUCCUUACAGUUUACAUCAUGUUGGUACCUUCCUAGCCUUAGACAAAUGAUCACCGUGUUAGCCUUAGACCAAGAAGCUGGCUAAUCCUUUCCGUGAAGCUGAUACAAUGGUCAUUUCCAGACACCUUUUAAGGAAACACUAAGGCUGCUUCAAAGAUGAUCUGAUUCCUUUAAAAUAUAUGUGUAGAUACACAGACACGUUCUUUUUUUAAGGGCUUACGUUUUAAUAGAGAUGAAUCAGUUUUGGAACCUGAGCUGUUUGCCAAGCUGAAGUCAGGUUGUGAAAUAAUUUUUAACUUCUGGAAUCAUGUUGCUCUACAUAGAAACAUAUAGGGAGGUUAGGUUUUUGGUUGUUUUUUUUUAAUGUGAAUUUUUGCCUACCUUUACAAAUGUUCAUGUCCACUCUAGUUAACCUGAAAUACACUGAAUUGAAUAUACAAAAGCGAGCCGUCUCAGACCUUUGCUGAUGCUACAGCUUUUGUUUUCCAACAGCCAAAAUACCAAAACGCCUCUUGUUUUAAUGGAUUAAAAACUGCAUAUAAAGCCUUUGUUAUUACUUCUACUCUUGAAGAUGAUCCUAUUCUAUGUGGCCAAAUAUCUGGACUCAUUUUGAACUUAGGCAUUUCAGUGUACUUGAUUUUUUUUUAAUUUAACUUUUUUCACAGCCAUGUUAAAAGUAAAGAUGAAUGAUUUGCGUCUGUCUUCCUUUUCAAAUAUUUCUGGAUAAGGGAUUCAAAAAAAAAAAAACAACUAAAACUGUUUUUGUUCGAUGUAAUAUAAAAUAUGGAAUUGAUCUUUCCAGGGUCAGAGAUGAUUAAUGUUUUUGCAAUAUACUUUUAUACAUUAUUUUCUUAUCAAACUAGUUAACAAGUAUUUUUAUAUGUUUGUAAGCAAAUAUGCUUUCACAGCAUACCUGUGUAUAUGUAAAGAUAAGUAUUUAAUUCUCACUGUUCACUUUUAACUGACAAAAAAGAUGUGGAAACUACAGAAACUGUGGUCCAACUGUCUCUUGCUGGUCUGGUCCUGGUUGGACCCACCUUUGGCCAGUCAUACCUAUUCAAGAAACCUUCCCAUAGAGUGCAUCUGGAUGAGACUCCUGAAUGACUUCCAGUAUCCCUACUAGAUAUUGACCGUUGUAUCAAGUAUCAAGUGUAAAGCUUUUGACGGACAGUUAGUAUACCUGUGGGUGGCUUUUGAUUUUGUUUUAAUUCUGUGGAUUGUGUUUAAACAAUUCAGAAGUCUGUUCCUGAGUCUGAGAUACUCAGUGGUACUGCACAGCUGUCACUUUAUUGAAUGUGUACAACAGUCCCCAUGCGGUUUAUGAAACAUACCCUUGUAUAGCUUCAGGUGCUAGAAUUAAAACUGGUCUGUUAUCACAAGAUAAUGCUUGAUUACUCACUUUGUUAUUUUAGUGGUUUUUCUUGGAGGGAAUGAGUGGUAGAAAAACUUAUCUUAGUAACUCUGGGUGUUUUCUCAGCAAUGUCUUAGGGUUUGAAUCUAAAAGUUAACAUUAGGCACACGGCAGGUGAACUUGAUGUGAAAUCGUUUGGUAUUUUUAGUGAUUUCUUGAAUGUUUUCCUUAAGUCAGCUUUUCUUAAACUUCUAUUGAAGUGGUCCUGACAAAGCACCAACUGUGGAGGAGAAGGGAGACCGAAUCCACACACAUGUACUCGUCUGAGGAGGAAGUGUAAAACAGCUGAAGCAAAGCACACAGUACACUUCUUUGAAGACUCAUAAAAAUUGUGUGUGUGUGUGUGUGUAGUUUUACAUUGUAUUCCAUAAUAUGGAAUUAUACAUUAAUAUAUCUUUCAAGUCUGCUAGUAAAAUUAUUGCCCAGAAAGAUACCACAUUUAUCCUGUGGCUUUUGAUAACUUAGCACCUAUCACAUGUGCUUGGUAGUACUUUCAGUUGGAAAGUGAUUUGUCAUUGGUAACUUCAGAGACAAGGGACUACUUACAUAAUAACCAACAAUGGAAAACCUCUCAAAUUUUAUUUCAGUUUCCUUUUCUUCUUUCUCUCUUUGGAUCCUGUUUUUAUUAUAUCUUCAAGUUCUCUAUUCUGUAGUUACUUAAUCUAUUAAUUCUGUUCAAUGAAUUUCAUCUCACAUUCUUUGUUUUUAUUUUCUAACCAUUCUAUUUGGAUUAUUUUAAUAGAUUGUGUUUUCUCUCCUCAUUAUAUUUAUGUACUCCAAUUCUUUUUUCUUUUCUUUUCUUUUCUUUCUUUCUUUUUAGGUUUCUUUCCUGUGACAGAAAAAAAGGGAAGGAAGGAAGCAGGCAUCUCCAAUAGGGUCUUCACAUUGCAGCCCACUCUCAACUUCAGUGACCUCCAGUCACGGUGGAUACACAUGCACUCAUUGUAUUCAGGGAGGUCUCCAGGUGCAAACUGAGAACCUUCCCAUGUGAGUCAGCCUUGAUGAGCAUUGCGUUACUAUUGUGCCAAUGUCCGGUUCCCAUAUAUUUCUCUUACCCAGCUUUUAACAGCUAGGUUCUCAGAGAAUUGAGCCCUAACUCCUUAUCUGUUGUGUAUUAUGAAUUAAUUUCUCACCUAUGCAUCUAGAAUAGUACUAGCUGUGAAUCCAUUCUUGGGAGAAUUGAGAAAAAAGUCACUCAGAUAACUUUUUGUAAGACUAAUCUCUUACAGAACCUUGAUUGAGAAAGACCACUUUUGAGUAUUUGAACAUGGUUAUAUAGGUGUUUAAAUGUCUUUGCUGAUCUCAUCAUCUUAUAAUUUUUUUUGGUUUGCUUCUGUUGACUGAUUUUCUCUAGUUAUGAGUCAUCUUUUCCUGCUUUUUCACAUGUCUAGUAAGUUUUGGUUGGAUGGUGGACAUUGUGUAUCUUACAUUUUUAGGUAUAUAGAUUUUAUCUUCAAUUGAAGAGUUUUGAGUUUUGGGUAGUGACUUAAUUUAUUUGCAGUUUAUUUUGAUUCUUUCAAGUCUUCUUUUUAAGCUUAAUGCAAUUUCGUGCUUUUUUUCUGCGGCAGUUAACUUUACUACUAAAAUAUGGCCCUUUUGGGAUCUCUAUUUAAUGGCCUACAUGAUCAAAUGGACUCUGCAAUUUGGCUUGUGGGAACUCCCAACUCUGUGUAAGCUCUGGGGAACCGUUCUGUUCACAGCUUCUGGGUCAUUUUUUGCCUAGCCUUCUGGUGUUGUAUCUUUUACAUUUGUAUCUUUUUAAAAAAGAGAAUUAUUUAUUUAUCAUCAUCAUUAUUUUUUAAUUUGCUGUAGGGCACAUGAAGUGACAAAGUAAACCACCAGGUCCAGGACUUGAACCACAGUUGAUCAUGUGGGAGUUCAGUGCCUUAACCACCAUGCCACUUGCUGACCCCACAUAUGUAUCUUAAUAUUCAGCAAAAACUCAUCAUCUGUCACUCUUACUCAUGCGCCCUCUUUCUAUAUAGCUAUAUAGGGCAUAUGUGUUUGUUAGACAGAGAGGGAGAACACACAUAAGCACUCAGUGGGUACUUCAGGCUGCCAGUGCUGGGAUUUGAAUCAUGGUUGGCCAUGUGAGACCCAGAUCCCUCCCUUAACCACUAGACUAUGGGGCCAGCCCAACAUCCUGCAUAUUUUUAGAGUUCUUUUUCUGUUUGGCUUCCUCCCUUCCAGAACUUUGUAGUGUAACUUCGAGCUGCUUCAAACAUCCUUAUCUCCAGUGUCUUAUUUUUUCAACCCCGCUUGGAAUUUCUCAUCUCUUUUGCAGUCUGGAAUGUCCCACCAGGCAGGAAAACAAGACAGUCUUCUGUUUACCUUAUCUGUUUCCCUUCCACGAGAGAUCGUAGCACUGCGCCGCCUGAUGUAAAAUGUCUGCAAACAGUCACGUCAUAUAUUUAGUGCUGAUUUUAAUUUCCUAAGAUCGGAUAAAUCUGAUCUCUGUUCCACCAUCAUGGUUGGAAGUUGAUUGCUCUUUCAUUUUAUUUCUACAGUUUGUAAUCAGAGGUGCCUUGAAAACUUUUCUCACAAAAAAUGGUCAGUGUUUUCACAUAAAUAAUCUUUUUCUGGGAGGUUGCUGUUAUUUUUUCUGUAGCUAGGGUUGGCAGACUUCUGCAAAGGCCAGAGAGUAACUGUCUUGGUCUUUCUUUAAAGGCCAUACGGUCUCUGUCCCAGCUCCUCAGCUCUCCAUUGUAGAACUGAAGCAGCCAUAAACAAUGUAUAAAUGAGUGAUCGUGGCUGUGUUUUAAUAAAAUUUUAUUUGUGUGCAUUAAAGUUUGUGUUGCCAGA